AAUAAUCUUAAAAACAUAAUACAUGUAUUUAAAAAUAGGUAAAAAAUUAGACAAUCACUUUAAGGGUCAUUAAUAUAAAAGAAAAAAAUUAAUAAUAAUAAUAAUAAAGAAAGAACUAAAGUACUAAACAGCUUACAUAGUUACACUUAAAACACUUGUCAAAACACACGUGCACAUUGACUAAGAUGACCUAGAAAGAAGGUUCGAAAAAGUUUUUUUAUGUUCCUUUCCUUCCUUCGAUCCUUACUAGCCCUAAUCUCUUUCUGUCCAGAAAAAGCAGUGAUCAAUUACUUGAACGCAAUAGUACAUUGAAAGCCCAAUCAGUAUUCAAUUCCUUUAGUUACUUCUGCAAUUCAGUGGGAGUUCUGAAACUAAAAUGCCAGCAGCUCGGCAUUGUUCCCGGAUAGACACAUUAGAGAUAAAAUUGCAGAUUGAGAGGAAGCUUGGGCAUCUAAAAGCACAGAAGUACUUUGAUCUCCUCACAAAGUUUUUGAGUCUUAAGAUUAGCAAAUGUGACUUUGAUAGACUCUGCAUUGGUACAAUAGGAAAGGAAAAUGUUCGUCUUCAUAAUCAUCUCCUCAGAUCAAUUAUAAAAAAUGCGCAUCUUUCUAAGAUGCCUCCGCCAAAGGAGGCUAAAGCUGAAGAUGCUUUAGGUGUGAAAACACCUAAUGGCUAUCAAAAAGGUUGUCUUCAGUCCUUAUGUAAAGAUUUUCUCCAAUCCCCUCGUAAAGGGAGGUCAAUUCUUAGUGAACGAAAAUUUAGGGAUCGCCCUAGUCCACUUCGCCCUCAUGGAAAGAGUCAUAAUUUUGGAUUUGAUGAUUCAAUGCCAAAAAAUCAAGAACAACAGAGUGCUACUGAGUUGCUUUCUUUGGGCAGCAGACCACCAGGCUCGGUUGAAGAUGGAGAAGAAGUCGAUCAGGCUGCUGGAAGCCCUAGCAUUUAUAGUAGGAGCCCUGUAAGAGCUCCUCUUGGAAUCCCCUUUAACACUAAAGGAGCACGGAAAGUACUGUGUAAUCCCUUGGCAUCUUGUUAUCAUAUGGAUACAUGUCAUAAUAGUGGUGAAUUACCUGAUACUAAACUUUUAAGAAAAAGAUUGCAGCAGAAAUUGGAGAUGGAGGGAGUAAAAGUCUCAGUUGAUUGUGCUAAUUUAUUAAAUAGUGGCCUGGAUGUUUUCUUGAAGAGAUUGAUAAAGCCGUGUAUGGAUUUAGCUGGUUCAAAAUUUGGACAGAAACAGACAACGCAAGGACAUGCUCGUGCCAUACCUCGUUUGAGUGGGAUGCAGCCUGUGGGAUAUUUACAAAAACCAAGUGGGUUCAUUUCAGCAUCUAUGCUAGAUUUUCGGCUAGCAAUGGAACUAAACCCCCAGAUACUUGGAGAGAACUGGUCAAUGCAGCUUGAGAAGGUUCUCUUUCGUGCAUCAGAAAAUGAACUACAAUAUUAGUGCAAGACCCAGUGGAAUGUAAAGGUUUAGGUUUUAAGGGUUUGUGAGUUAAUACUGUUACAGGAUCCACUCUAAUGAGGAUGUCCAUCGCUGUCUAUUGAUAACUUUGAAGUACAUAAAUAGGAAAAGUCAUGCAAAGUUUUGAAUUAAGUUGAUUAGAUUGUAUAUAGGCCUUUGCCAUUUGACUAAUUAUUUCUAGGGUGUGACAUGAUAGGGUAUAAAAUAUUGACAUGUAAGAAUCGAGCUAUCCCAAAUUGGUAAGUUUUCUCCUUCAAUUGAUACUACAGAUUGUUUGUUCAA